CGGCAUCGGUCAAUGUCCUCUUCUAUUUCGUACUUGGCAUGUGGGUUUGCCUGUUGUACUCGUCAGAAUUCUUUGUUUUUCGGAGGCAAAGAGUGUUUGACGGUUAUACGUGUCCUGAGUCUAAACGCGAUUUUAGUAUGGACAAAGUUUACAGCGAUAUUCAAUGUGCUUUGUAUUGUAAAGGGUCGUCGUUCUGUGUUGACAUAUUUUACCAACCACAGACAGGGAGAUGCGACGGUUGUAGAGAUUCUGAAGACUCAGAACUGGAAAUUGCCGACGGGUUUUUGUAUUACACGAGGAGAGCUGUUAACUAUAUUUGGACCACGUGGUCACCAUGGAGCAUAUGCAGCCUAAGUUGUGAUUCGGGUACUCAAAAAAGAUCGAGAGAGUGUUCUAUUCGCAUAGAGGGCAACGGAGAAUCGACGUGUGAAGAAGCGGAUGGGGUUAGUGAGGAGACACAACCUUGUAAUGAGCAAUCAUGCCCUACACCGACUCUUGGAAAGUCUUGCACAAGUAAUACAGACUGUAUAGAAACAGAAGGUGUGUGUAUAGAUGAAAGAUGUUUCUGUCACCAACUAUUUGAAUACAAUAACACAAUUAAUAACUGUACAAAAGUAUGCGACACAAUGACCGGCAAUUAUACGAAAUACGAAAACAUAAAUAUUGCGGGUUUUAACCAUGGUUCCAAUGCGGCGUAUGACAGCCUGGAAGACUGUAAAAUAGCUUGUAACAGUAACCCUAUCUGCUUAUCUUUCGAAAUAUGGUCACAAGAGGGUAAGGUAGCAUGUACGACAGGAAUUAUUACAUUCGAAAUGGUGAAUUCAGCUGAUCCCACACAUAUCAGUUAUCAAUUCGGGGUUGAUCUGUAUUCCAAAACAUGUAUUUGACUUACACGCAUAGACUUAAAAAUGAAAUCUCAAAAUUUUGAAUCAAAAAGGUUAAAUAAAAUUUAUACUUGAUGUUGAACAAAUACAUACAUGUUAUUAAGUUAUAAGUUAAUCAUAUAUCAAGUUACGCGAUAACCUUACACAUUUUAAGUGAGACAAAAUUAUAUUGACACUUGAGUUUGAAAAUUCAAAUAUUUUUAACUUAACUUUUUUAGUGUAAUCAAAAGAGAAACUAUUUACAUAUAGCUAUAAUAUCCUUCUAAUUUCACAAAAUAUCUAAUCAGAAACAUUGUGUGUAAGAUAUAUCUGCUGACAUGCCUUAUCAUAGUUAUAAUUGCUAAAUACUGAAAAGAUGCAGUUUAUUAGUCUUGUGCGUCAUCUACCAAGUUUACUUGUUUAAACUAUGUAUGAAAAUAUACAUAAUCAGGAAUGUUACGAUCCUGAUUUUGUUUUUAGAACUGCAUAGAACUUAAAAAAUUCUCAUAUUUGACUAAGUAUUAUUUAGAUGACAGUAAGGAAAAAUUAAACGAUUUAAAAAAACUCAAAAGAAGCGAAUGUAGCUACUACAGGCAUUUACUUUCCAUAAACAUUUUUUACAAAAGUAUUUAUUUGUUUUCAUAAAAAAUACAUAAUAGUAUUGUAUACGCUUCUUAAUACAUGUAUAAAGACAUUAAAUGUAGAGAGAUUUUUAAAAAAGAAUUUAGAUUCUUUAAAUAAAUUUUGUGCGACCAAAGGCCCAUACAGACUAAGUGUGACUCUAUGGACAGGGCAUUUUUUGAUGGAAUUGUAUUUUUGAGGUAUACAGGCGUUAUACUGAAUUGUAUUUCCAUCACAUACAGGGGAAAUACUGAGUCAGAUACAAGGGAUACACAAAAUCAUAUUUUAGAGAUGUGAAAUGAUAGUCUUAUGUUGUGUUAUAAUUAUAAAUUAAAUGAUGUUAUUUUGAUAAAUCUUAAUGAAGAUGGUUCUCUGAUUACCGACAUAAUUGUAAUUAUUAUGAUUUUUGUGUGUGUAUUCAUUUUGUUUUAUAGAUAUACCUACAAGAUGAAGAAUUCAUAAGUGUGACGUGAUGUAAUAUAAAUUGUUAAUUGAGAGUAAGAACAUUACGCCAUUAGCAACAGAAAUUUAUGUCACCUAAAUUAACAAAUAUCAAACUACAUAGUCGUGUAUUAAUAUUUUACGAGGAUACUUUCACGGUGUAAGAUUUCAAAAUACGAAAUUUUCUCUACCUUAUAAAUGGUAUUUAUUAUUUUAGAUCUGACUCCAAUUUGUUUUAUGUAAUAAUUGUAAAUCUUAUUUUGUUUUCCUACAAUAUAUUUUUUUUGGAAAGCAGGAAAAUGUCCUAUCAAUCAGAAAUCACAUAUUACAUUUAAUAUAUUAAACAUAAAUAUUUCACCUUUUAUCAUUAAAAAUAUAGUUCAAGUACACGUUUGCAUAUUUCAGUUUUAAAAAGAAAGAUUUAAUUCAUUUUUUUUUUCAAAUGUAGAUUAAUCAUUAUUGGAGAAAAAAGAAAAUUUGCAUUGUUUUUUAGAAAGAAAUGCUACAUGAUAUACGCCAAUGCAAUUGUCGUCGCAUGUGCUAAACGAAUUUGAUUUAUAAAGUUAUUCAUUUGUGACUUACUAUAAUCAUUUUGAUAUUGUUGUAAACUUGUGACCUGUCCAUCCUACCGGUUGUUCAGUAUUUCCUUUUACCUUUCGUCUCUUGCUUCCUCCCUCAUUUAAUUGCCUAACUUGUAAGAUCAACGAAAAGUAACUGAAAUAAGAUCGUUUUUGGAUGUAAAUUUAAAGUUUUCACUAAAUAGUUGAACUGUUUCAAGGAACUGUGUUUGAUAACUCAAAAAAAUUCAUUUAAAGAAAUUUACUCAGUUGAUCCUUAUAAUCAUAAUGUAAUCAAGCAAUUUUGUAAGUGUUUAAGAAACAAUCAAUAAUGUCAAUUAAUGUAGUAACAAUUUCAUUUUUUCAAAUUAUAUUAUUUUAAUCAACUUUAAAUAAAUGAUUGAAUAAAAUUGCUGAUUGUUCUAACAUGUUUUUAUAAAAGAUAACUCUUUCAUACUUGUUAUUUCAUUUCAAUGUAUAAGUGCUUUUCAGGAGAAAUAAAAGUAAUCUGCAA